UCAUGGGUUGACCUUUAUUUUGAAGGGUUGGAGCGGAAGUGGCUAAGCUAGGAGGCUAACCUGUCCGCAGGCAGCGACUCUCAGCUUCAGACGAUAAUGAAGCAGGAGCUCUGAGUGAUGCUGUUCCACCUCAGAAGGAGGUUUCACCUCCUUGGAGCUGGAACCGGAGUCCAGCAGGCCUGGACCAGCUCCAGCUGCCUCUUCAUGGACCCUCCCAGCUGCCGUAGUCCUGGGCUCGUCCUCCAGUCUCAGUCCACCGACGUGUACCAGAACCUGGCCCUGGAGGAUUGGAUCGACGGCCAUGUUGACCUGCAGCGGCGCAGCAUCCUCCUGCUGUGGAGGAACCGGCCCGCCGUCGUCAUCGGACGCCACCAGAACCCGUGGGCAGAGUGCGACCUGCCGGCCAUGAGGAGGAGGAACGUCGCUCUGGCCCGGAGGCGCAGCGGCGGCGGGACGGUCUACCACGACCUGGGGAACCUUAACCUGACCUUCUUCACUUCCAAGAAAGCGUACGACCGUCGGAGGAACCUGAAGGUGAUCAGCGAGGCUCUGAGGAGGGUCCGCCCGGAGCUGGACGUCCAGGCCACGGACAGAUUGGAUUUAUUGCUGAACGGACGCUACAAGAUCUCAGGGACUGCAUCCAGAGUCAGCAGGAAGUCCUCCUACCACCACUGUACGCUGCUGCACUCUGCCGAUCGCUCCGCCCUCUCCUCGUUGCUCCGCCCCUCCUGUCCGGGGAUACACAGCAACGCCACCCCCAGCGUCCCCUCACCUGUUGCCAACCUGACUGAGCAUGCGCCCUCCUUAAAGUGGGAGGAGCUACUAGAGGCUGUGGUGCAGCAAUAUAACUCAGAGUUUGGCCUCAUAUCUCCAUCCAGGCUCGUCCACCCAGCCGAUGAGUCCCUGUUUCCCGGUGUUGGCAAAAUGGAAGCAGAGUUACGCAGCUGGGAGUGGACGUUCGGGAAAACCCCGAAAUUCCGGGUGGAGACACAGCUGGAACUGAGGGACGGCCAGGCGGCCGCUGGCUGCUCUGCUGAGCUACACAUGGACGUGAAACAUGGGUUGGUGGAGAGCUGCAGGCUGGACGUCCCGGGGGACUGGCUUCCUGUGAGGCUCAGCAGAUCGACGGGCGAGGUUCUGCUGGGAGAACGCUUCUGUCCUCACAGGGCGGCUGCGGCGCUCGCCGCGCUCCUGCGGUCUGAGAGCGGACAGCUGCAGGGACGGCUGAGGAACCUCUGUGAGGCCCUGCUUGCUGUGAUGGGUUAAAGCAGGGGGAAUGCUGCCCCCUACAGGAAGCCAUGAGGAUUACAGAAGACUGAAUCCAAAGAGGCUCUGCUUAAUCUGGACUUUAAAGUCUGUUUGUUGUUUUUUAAAGGAAUUAAAAUGAACAGCAAUAAAGAUUAAAGGGUAUUUAUAUUUUCCGUUA